GGGUGCCCUCCUGGUUGCAUCCUGACUAGACCGGGGCUGACCCCGGCGGGCCUGGCUGGCCUGGCGCAGAGGAGCGGUGGCCAGGAUCUCUGUCACUACUGGAGGGGUUGAGGAGAGUUCUUCCAGAAAGGAUUUAUCAUUGCCUCUGCCAGUUCUUGAGGCCGAAUCUGGCUCCUAAGAAACGUCAAAGGAAGCCUGCACCAAAGACCUCUCAGGGCCAUCUCUGAAGCCUGCUUCCACCCACCGUGUGAGUCAAAAUGGCUCCCCCCACAGGUGCGCUCUCUUCAUUGCUGCUGCUGGUGACCCUUACAGGUUGUGCCUGUACGCAGUGCAGUGAGGGGAGGACGUAUUCCAAUGCCAUCAUUUCUCCUAACUUGGAAACUAGCAAAAUCAUGCCAGUGCCUCAAACCACCCCCGUGGUAGACUGCACAUCUGCCUGCUGUGACCUGUACAGCUGUGACCUGGCCUGGUGGUUUGAGGGCCGCUGCUACCUGGUGAGCUGCCCUCACAAAGAGAACUGCGAGCCCAGAAAGAUGGGCUCCAUCAGGUCUUACCUGACCUUUGUGCUCAGGCCUGCCCAGAGGCCCGCACAGCUGCUGGACUACGGGGAGGUGAUGCUGAACAGGGGUUCCCCGUCAGGAAUCUGGGGGGACUCAGCUGAGGAUAUCAGAAAGGACUUGGCCUUCCUGGGCAAAGAUCGGGGCCUGGAGGAGAUGUCUGAGUACUCAGAUGGGGAGCUGGAGCAGGGCCUCUUCCGGCCCAUCGGCAAGCAGGAGCCCCGAGGGAGCGCCGGGUACACGGAUUGGGGCUUGCCGGCCGGUGGCAAGGGAGGUUCCAACUCCUCUGCUGGAGGCAGCCCAGCAACAUCAGCGGAGAAGCAGCAGGAGGGCCCAGAGCACCGUAAGCUGAACGAGUCGGCAUGGACCCCGGCCCCGAAACCCUCCCCCGGGGGAAGGUUUUUGCUUCCCUUGGUCACUACUCCACCUUCCGGAAAGGAACUGGAGAAAGAGACUUUUCAGCUCCAGGAGCAAUCCAGCAACAGCUCUGGAAAAGAGGUCCUAAUGCCUUCCCAUAAUCCUUCUCCAACCAGCCUGGAGUUCAGCCCAGCCACCAUGGAGAAAAGCCCAGUUCUCACAGUCACCCCAUGGAGCACAGAGCGUAACAUUUCAACCCUUCCCGCUAGCACCCUCCCCACUGAGUCCGCCCCAUCUCAGCAACCUGUAUCUGCUCCUACUGCCCCCAGGACAGUGAAAGAACUCAUGGUGUCUGCUGGUGAUAACCUAGUAAUAACUUGGCCGGAAAAUGAAGUUGAACUGAAGGCGUCUGUUGUGCCAGCGCUACCUGCAGAAACAACCUACAACUACGAAUGGAGUUUAAUAAGCCACCCUGAAUACUACCAAGGUGAAAUAAAACAAAGACACACGCAAACUCUUAAUGUCUCUCAGUUGUCAGUAGGACUUUAUGCCUUCAAAGUAGCAGUUUCUAGUGAAAAUGCCUUUGGAGAGGGAUUUGUAAAUGUCACCGUUAAGCCAGCCGGAAGAGUCAACCUGCCUCCCGUGGCAGUUGUUUCUCCUGAGAGACAGGAGCUCACUCUGCCUCUGAUGUCGGCCCUCAUCGAUGGCAGCCACAGUACAGAUGAUACUAAAAUAGUGAGUUAUCACUGGGAAGAAGUUAAUGGGCCCUUCCAAGAGGAGAAGACCUCAGCUGAUACCCCUGUCUUACAUCUGUCUAACCUUGUUCCUGGAAACUAUACUUUCAGAUUGACUGUUACAGACUCAGAUGGAGCCAUUAGCUCCACAACAGCAGCCCUAAUAGUCAACAGUGCUGUGGACCAUCCACCAGUUGCCAAUGCGGGACCAAAUCAGACCAUAACUUUGCCCCAAAACUCCAUCACUUUGAAUGGAAACCAGAGCAGUGAUGAUCACCAGAUUGUCCUCUAUGAGUGGUCCCUGGGGCCCGGGAGUGAGAGCAAAGAGGUGGCCAUGCAGGGAGUAGAGACACCGUACCUUCAUUUGUCUGCAAUGAAGGAAGGAGAUUAUACAUUUCAGCUGAUGGUAACAGAUUCUUCAAGGCAGCAAUCCACAGCUGUGGUCACUGUGAUUGUCCAGCCUGAAGACAACAGGCCUCCGAUGGCUGUCGCCGGCCCGGAUCAGGAGCUGGUCUUCCCAGUGGAAAGCACCACCCUGGAUGGGAGCAGAAGCAGUGAUGACCAUGGCAUUGUUUUCUACCACUGGGAGCAUGUCAGAGGCCCCAGCGCAGUGGAGAUGGAAAACAUCGACAAAGCUAUAGCCACAGUAAGCGGUCUUCAGGUGGGUACCUACCACUUCCGUUUAGCGGUGAAAGACCAGCAGGGACUAAGCAGCACAACCACCCUCAGCGUGACCGUGAGGAAGGAAAAUAAUAGUCCUCCCAGAGCCCAGGCUGGUGGCAGACAUGUUCUUGUGCUUCCCAAUAACUCCAUUACUUUGGAUGGUUCAAGGUCUACUGAUGACCAAGGAAUUGUGUCCUAUCUGUGGAUCCGGGAUGGCCAGAGUCCAGCAGCUGGAGAUGUCAUGGAUGGCUCUGACCACAGCACGGCCCUGCAGCUCACCAACCUGGUGGAGGGGGUCUACACUUUCCACCUGAGAGUCGCUGAUAAUCAGGGCGCCUCGGACAUGGACACUGCCACCGUGGAAGUGCGGCCAGACCCGAAAAAGAGCGGCCUGGUGGAGCUGAUCCUGCAGGUUGGCGUCGGGCAGCUGACGGAACAGCAGAAGGACACCCUUGUGAGGCAGCUGGCGGUGCUGCUGAAUGUGCUGGACUCAGACAUCAAGGUUCAGAAGAUUCAGGCCCACUCGGAUCUCAGUACCAUGAUUGUGUUUUAUGUACAGACUGGGCCACCUUUCAAGGUCCUCAAAGCUGCGGAAGUGGCCCGAAAUCUGCACAGGCGGCUCUCAAAGGAAAAGGCUGAUUUCUUGCUUUUCAAAGUCUUGAGGAUUGACACAGCAGGGUGCGUCCUGAAGUGUUCUGGCCACGGUCACUGUGACCCCAUCACAAAGCGCUGCAUUUGCUCUCAGUUGUGGAUGGAGAACCUGAUCCAGCGUUAUAUCCAGGAUGGGGAAAGCAACUGUGAGUGGAGUGUGUUCUAUGUGACAACAUUCGCUCUAACUCUUGUCGUGCUAACAGGGGGUUUAACUUGGCUUUGUAUCUGCUGCUGCAAGAGACGAAAAAGGACUAAAAUAAGGAAAAAAACAAAGUACACAAUCCUGGAUAACAUGGAUGACCAAGAAAGAAUGGAGCUGAGGCCCAAAUAUGGUAUUAAGCACAGAAGCACAGAACACAACUCCAGCCUGAUGGUGUCUGAGUCUGAGUUUGACAGUGAUCAGGACACGAUCUUCAGCCGAGAGAGGAUGGAGCGAGGGAAUCCAAAGGUUUCCAUGAAUGGAUCCAUCAGAAACGGAGCUUCCUUCAGCUAUUGCUCAAAGGACAGAUAAUGGAGCGGUGGUGAAAUGGAAGGACGCCCACAGGAAUCCUUUAAUCCAGGACAGUCAAUGGGAGUUAAAAACAAAACUAACUCUUGUUAGAAUAGCGUGUUCCCAUCCUUUCACACUGGGCUGGAGGUGUGUCCCCAUAUUUUAAAAGACCUGUCUUCCUGGGGUUUUUGAGACACAAACCAAAACAAAAACAUAGCUCUUUUAACUGAGAUGCUUGUUAAUGGGAAUAAAGGUUGGGUAAGACUCUAAGGUAUAUACUUAGAAGAGGUUUGUGUUUUUGUAGCUGGCACAGUGUUAUGUUCCUAUGUUAAGAGAAAGACGAACUUGUUUCUACCUGCAGACACUUGCAGAAGAUGAGUUCAACAUGAUGUAAAGAGGGCCAAUUUCUCUUAGGAGCUGUGAUUGCCUUUAAAGACGACUUUUCAAGCGUGGUUUCUGUCGUAGGACCCUUGGAGUCUGAGGGCUGUGUGUCUAUAUAUAUAUAUAUAUAUA